AGAAGUCAUGUGCCUGAGAAUCACAUGAUCGUAAUUCAUUAUGGCGUCUUCGAGAGAUUUGAUGGACAUUAAUAGUACCAUGAAUGCAUCUACUGCUUUGAAAACUCACCAAUUAGCAGUAAAUAGGGAUUAUAUAUCUCAACCAAGAUUAACAUAUAGGACAGUGUCUGGUGUUAACGGACCAUUGGUGAUUUUAGAUGAUGUUAAAUUUCCGAAGUAUGCUGAAAUAGUUAAGCUCACCCUCCAAGACGGAUCUGUGAGAAGUGGUGAGGUUUUAGAAGUUAGCGGAUCAAAAGCUGUUGUUCAAGUAUUUGAGGGUACACCAGGAAUUGAUGCGAAACAUACAACUUGUGAGUUCACUGGUGACACAUUACGAAUUCCUGUCAGUGAGGACAUGUUGGGUAGAAUAUUCAAUGGUUCAGGAAAAGCAGUGGAUAAAGGUCCUACUGUUCUUGCAGAAGAAUACCUUGACAUACAAGGACAACCAAUCAAUCCAUGGUCACGUAUCUAUCCGGAAGAAAUGAUUCAGACAGGAAUAUCAGCUAUUGAUGGAAUGAACUCUAUUGCACGAGGGCAGAAGAUUCCGAUUUUUUCAGCCGCUGGGCUACCCCAUAAUGAGAUUGCUGCUCAAAUUUGUCGUCAAGCUGGUCUCGUUAAAUUACCUGAUAAAUCUGUUAUGGACUCGCACGAAGAUAACUUUGCAAUUGUGUUUGCAGCUAUGGGAGUGAAUAUGGAAACUGCGAGAUUUUUCAAACAAGAUUUUGAAGAAAAUGGCUCGAUGGAAAAUGUAUGCCUCUUCCUCAAUCUAGCAAACGAUCCAACCAUUGAAAGAAUAGUCACUCCUCGUAUUGCUCUUACUACGGCCGAAUUUCUAGCUUACCAAUGUGAAAAACACGUUUUAGUUAUUCUAACAGAUAUGAGCUCAUACGCUGAGGCUCUUCGAGAAGUUUCGGCCGCUCGUGAAGAGGUUCCGGGCAGAAGAGGGUUUCCAGGAUACAUGUAUACAGAUUUAGCAACAAUUUAUGAGAGAGCAGGAAGGGUUGAAGGAAGAGGGGGUUCUAUUACUCAGAUUCCAAUCUUGACGAUGCCGAAUGAUGAUAUUACUCAUCCUAUUCCCGAUUUGACUGGAUAUAUUACUGAGGGUCAGAUUUAUGUUGAUAGACAACUGCAUAAUAGACAAGUCUAUCCACCUAUAAAUGUACUACCAUCCUUAUCAAGAUUGAUGAAAUCUGCUAUUGGAGAAGGGAUGACGAGAGAAGAUCAUGCCGAUGUUUCGAAUCAAUUAUAUGCUUGUUAUGCUAUUGGCAAAGAUGUGCAAGCUAUGAAAGCUGUGGUAGGAGAAGAAGCUUUAACCUCUGAAGAUUUGUUGUAUCUAGAAUUCUUAACAAAAUUUGAGAAAAAUUUUAUAUCUCAAGGUCAUUAUGAAAAUCGAACAAUUUAUGAGACACUGGACAUUGGUUGGCAGCUAUUGCGUAUAUUUCCAAAAGAAAUGCUUAAAAGAAUUCCGCAAAGUACUCUAGCAAAAUACUAUCAACGUAGUUAG